AUGUCCAAACGGGCACCAUCCCAACCCCCAAACACUCCUCGACGAUCUAAUCGUCAUCUUCCAAAGGAAGAAGCCGACCUACCUACCGGACGUAUUGAACGCGAUGCGCGUGGGCCAACUCUUCAGCAGUCGUCACCCCAUAGUGAUUCGUAUGAGCAACCGAGUAGUGCGGGACCACCGCACGAAUACGGCACGGACAGUUUUGGGUCCACGCUGACGACGAUAAAUUCACGCGAGCACAGCUCAGACAAAUUUAACGUCGCGCCAACGAACAUGGACCAGUCUGCUGAGGCGAGAGUCGGAACCACGGCAACAGAGUCUCCAUUUAUUGCUCCAAUCGCGAGUAGUGAAUGGAGGCCAAACCCAAUGGGUCCGUUUGCCAUACAACGCACACCAUCGGUACUCGCGCGCAUCAAUGCGGGUGACCAAAUGGCGGUGGUGAAUGCAAUGGCGCAGCAGCAUAAUCGGAGAGCAAGGGUUGAUGAAGUCUCUGACCACUCGGUGUCCCCUAGAUUGAGACCAUCGAUGUCGUUGGGACAGUCGACACAGGCACCGCCGCAAAGACUGUAUCCGGCCACUAGGUUUCAGUCCCCGGUACCUCCGCAAGUGGACUUCAGCUAUUCACAGUUGUCACCGAUGUAUAAUGUUAGUAAUGCACCGUACACGUUUACGGGGUCGGAAAUGUACCAUACCCCUCAUUCGUCAAUGAGCUGGAAUCCGUAUCCACCAAUGGUUAACCCAUGGGGUCCAGGAUAUCCACCCUCACAUCCAUACCAACCCAUUCCUGUCGUACCCCCCUACAUUGGCCCGAUGCCGACGCCAUGGACAGGACCAACUGCACCAGCAAGUCAUGUUCCCAGACCGCUGUCACAACAAUCGAUGAGCGAAGGCACGCGACAACGGCGCCGGGAGGAGAAACAACGUGCAGUUGUCUCAUCGGGAGGAUCCACCUCACCCCCUCUGUCAUUGCCAGACAAGUUGAAUCGAAACAGUGAUGAUGAUGAGAUUCUAAAAGCGGCGCAUCAGUAUCUGCUUAACUAUAAUCCCGAGAAUACCUCGGAUGACCGGGUUACAAUUCAGCGCAAGAUCGCAGCGCGAGAGCGAAUUCAGGCUCAAAUUGCAGCUGAUGCAGAGUUGGCCCGGGCGAUAGAUGCAGAGGAACAGGCACAGCAGAGACUGUGGUCUGGAGACCGCGAAAAGGCUGACAACUAUGCAGAAGCAAGACGUGAGCCGACAGUGAUUGAAAUUGAGGAUAAUACACAGACCGUUGAGCUAGAGAAACUGGCCAAAGAAUAUGAAGAGGCCGUAGACAAGGUGCACAAAAAAUACAGCCCAAUUGUACCAUCAGUCCCGGCAGGUCGCAAUUUGAGAACUAGAGUGAAUGUAAAUCCCGAGGGUGACCGCAAGCCGUCAGAACCUAACUGGGCCCCAACCUCAUUUGAAGAUCGCAAAGCAUUGCAGCAGUUCGCUGACGCAGCAGCUCGCGAUCCAAACUCGAAUACGCGCUACCCUGACCAAGGGCUUCGAUUAAUAGAUGGCAAAUGGGUUGACAUUAGAGUCCCAAAAAACGCUCACCUCGCUGACUCCAAACACGAGCGAACGAGUGAGGCAAAGCCGGUGCGAUCUAGGCCGAUGAAGCGGACCGCCAUAAACGGGCCGCCCGACCCGAAAGAUGACCCCAGUGACUCGUCAUCGGAAGACGAUAAACGCGGCGGGAAGUCAGGUCGCUCGGAUAAGCAAAAGCCUGCGUCAGGUGGGCCAAAAAUACCUGUCGCAGACAAUCGCAUACCCUACAGCGGAAAUCCAUUCCUGUGGGAAGAUGAGGAGAAUAAAUUAUCAGACUAUAAAUUGCGACAUACCAAAGAAAUGAUAUCACGAACCACUAUUUCCGCGUUCGACGUCAUUGGGGGAGUUCCGUCUGAGCAGCUGCACGAAUGGAAGAUUGUGAUGAACUCGAUGGUGUACCGUACCUGGCAGGAAAGUCUGCAGGUACCCUGCAAGAGUGCAGUGAUUCUGGACGAGGUACGCGGGCUGAAACUCCCACAACCCAGUAGCUAUAGCGGGUCGGCAGACGUGUUGCAAUUUGAAGAACAUAUGAAAAGUGUUCUGCGACACUUCAAGAUGCUCGGUAUGGCAGGUCCCUCGUGGGAUACCCAGUGCACCGACAUGUAUGGAUUAUACCUAAAAGGUUCAGCCAAGUUGUUCUACGAUGAUGAAGUGACAGGCAUUCACCGUACAACGCGAAAAUGGUAUUUUGUGCACGUUCUCGCUGCGAUAUUUGAUCGAUUCGUAUCGUCCACUGCAAUACAGCAGUCAGCCAAGGCGUUUGACAAGAUAACCUGGAAUAGUGAACUCGGAGUGGAUGGACUGUACAACGAACUCACCUCCAACGUUCGUCGGAUGAUGUUCCCGCCGGAUGCUCACUCGGUCAAGCGCAAGUUCUUGGCUACGGUGCCUGCGAAGAUGCGCGGGUUGAUGUUGGCGCGCAACGCAUACCCAGAAAUUUGUUCCCUGGAGAACAUGAAAGAUAUUGGGCGUGUCGUAGAGCAUGGAAUGAACACCAUGAAUUUCUACAGUGAAAAUACUUUCAAGUUAGCGGGAGAUUCAAAGGAGAAACGAGAUUCACCUCGCUUAGCUGCUGUCCUUGAUGCUGAAGAUGCUGAAGACAAUUCAAGUCAACGCAUGGCCGCGAUUGACCAAAAUCGACAGCGACCGUUCAUCCCGUUCAGGAAGAAUGGGGGAGGGUACCAGCACAAAAGACGGAACGAGCAGGCGAAGGGAGUCGAUGGGAAGCAGGAUGAUAGUCCUAGAGAUAGACCCAAUAGCAGGGAAGCUGGACAACGGCCCAGCCGACCGAAACCCCGGUUCCAAUCACAAGGGCAGCGUCGCGAGUUCAUGCGAGCUGCGCAUGUAGACGACGAUGGCGCAGAUGACGAGCGUCCGAACCCAACAGAGGAGGACGAUGGGGUCAACGAAGAAGAAGAAGAUCAUGUGACCCCGGAUGAUCAGCCGGAAGAAAAUUCCGAAGAGGCGGAAUACAACUCAGAUUACACCUAUGAGGAGGUGUCUGACCAUUCGGAGGAUGAAAACUUGAUUGCAUGUUAUCAUAUGCAAACAGCACAAUCGAUAGAGGACGAUUGCCCCGAACUACAACAAGUAUCCGACUCAGAAGAAGAAAUGGAUGAGAUCGAGGAUACGACUGGCUGUCCUCCGCUAUUGGAGGUAUCCGACUCGUCCGGUGAAGAAGAUAACGGCUAUGAAACGGCCGACGAGAGCCCAGACGAGACGGAGGACAAUGAAUCAAUUGCAGAUUUGGAGGACGAGGAAAUUGAUGUGUUUGCACGCGCAAUACUCACGCAUAUGAAUGAAGCGCAUACCAGUUUUGAAGAUUCACUUGAGUAUUUCUCGAGAAUUGAUGAAUCUAGAACGGCGACAGCCACAGGAACUCGUAGAGUGCCGCUAAAGCGAGCGAAGGAAGUUCACGAACGACCCAGUCGAGCCAAACGCGAAAAUCAUUGCCUCACUGCGUUUGUGAAUAUCAACGGCCAAAAGGCGUUCACGCUAUUUGACUCAGGAUGCACAACCGAAGCACUAAGCCCAGAUUUUGCUAGAAUUGCUCAGGUGGAAGUGUUCCCAAUUCAAUCGCCAGUGGUAUUGCAGCUUGGUACAGCAGGCAGCAAAGCGAAGAUUAACCAUGGCACGUUCGUGAAAGUGCAAUAUGGUCCACUGCGGUCGGAACAAUACUUUGAUAUCGUGAAUCUUGACCGAUUCGACGCGAUUAUUGGCACUAAGUACAUGCGUGAGCAUAAAAUCUCGCUGGACUUCGAAAUGGAUACCGUGCGCAUUCAAGGCCAACCCAGCCCAACACUGUCGGAGCGGGAUGAACGUGAUGUUAUCGAACGUCGGGCAUCCGCUCGGUUGGCCAGCCCAAACCGACAAUGA